AUGCCAAUGCUACGUACCUCUUCACGCGUCGUGCGUCGCUGCCGCAGCGCUCGGCCGUCCCCAGCUCGCCGCAGCUUCUCCAGCAGACCUGAGGACUGGCUGGGCAUCGAUGACGAGUACCUGUCCAUGCGGGGCCUGGCCAUAGCUAGCCGCGUGCUGAACGGGAUGACGGACUUCGUGCGCUACAGUCGCGCCAACCCGCGCGUGUUCGUGUCGGGGGCGUCUGACGAGGUGCGCAGCUCCAUGUACGUGCUGUCCCAGUUUCCGACCCACACGCGCGUGGAUCUGCCCGGGUUUGUGCGCGGAGCGGAGCGCGCGGCCAAUACAGUGCUCCACAGACUGUACGCGCAGGACCAGAGCGAGACCAAGCAGUGCCUGGACCAGUUGGCCACGCCCGAGAGCGUCAAGAGCAAGCAGGGACGAGCUGUGCUGGAGCAACUCAACGUCAACGUUGCGGCGCUGGAAGCCGUCGAGUACACCAGGGAGAGGGUCGAGGAGGAGGUCAAGGUCGUGUUUGACCCAGCUAUCUUACGAGAGAAGACGGUCGUGUUAAUGGUUAACUAG